AUGAUGAAGAGAAACCUCAGUCUGAGGGACACCACUGUAGAGGACCGGGACCAAGACCAGGACCAGGACCAGACAGGAACUCAGGAGGCUGAUGGACAGGAUAGUGGAGGACCAGAACCAACCAGGAUCUCUGAUCCAGAUAUACAUUUACGACCAGAUACUGAUGACAGGACUAGAGACCGUAGUGUUGGAGUGACUGUCAACUGCCGUGGACAUUGGAAGGAGCAUAAACCAACCUGCUUCUGUAGGGAUUCAGGGCUGGAGGAAGACCUGGACUUGGAACAGGGACGCUGCCCGUUGCCCACUUUGAUCAGAGAGGAGGAACUGUGGAGCAGUCAGGAGGGAGAGCAGCUUCAAGGGCUGGAGGAGGCUGAUAUCACCAAGUUCACAUUCACUCCUGUCCCUGUGAAGAGUGAAGAUGAUGAAGAGAAACCUCAGUCUGAGGGACACCACUGUGGAGGACCAGGACCAGGACCAGGACUAGACGAGGACUCAGAUCCAUAUUUAGAACCAGAUAUUGAGGAUGAGAAGCCUGAUGAUUCUUUAGUCGCCGAGAUUGAAGUCAGUGUUGAUGAUUGGAAAGAGACAAGAGAACCUCAGUCUGGUCUGGACACUCUGGAAAACAAUGACGUCCCUGUUGGUGAUUCGAAAUGUGAUGCGGAUGAGAAACCCUUCAGCUGCUCUGAGUGCGGGAAAAGAUACGGCUUCAAGUGGCACCUGAACCGACACAUGGGCUCUCACACAGGAGAGAAACCGUUCAGCUGCUCAGUUUGUGGUAAAUCCUUCAGCGACAGUGGGAGACUGAAGAUACAUAUCAACACUCACGUGGUUAAAAAACCAUUCAACUGCUCCGUCUGUGGGAAAAAUUUUUUGCGCAAGCCUUAUCUGAAGAGACACAUGACGACUCACACAGGAGAGAAACCAUUUAACUGCUCCAUGUGUGAUAAAGGAUUUUUGUGUCGGCCGCAUUUGCAGAGACACAUGACGAUCCACACAGGGGAGAAACCGUUCAGCUGCUCCAUGUGUGAUAAAGCUUUCAGUGAGAGCGGAACACUGAAGGUCCACAUGAAAAGUCAUGCUGAAACAAAACCGUUCAGCUGCUCCGUGUGCGGGAAAGCUUUUAGCGAUGGCGGGACGCUGAAGGUGCACAUGAGGAUUCACACGGGAAAGAAACCAUACAACUGCUCAGUGUGUAGUAAGAAAUUUUUGUGUAAGGCAUAUCUGAAGACACACAUGAAAAUCCACUCAGGAGAGAAACCAUUCAGUUGCUCGGUGUGUAACAAAAGAUUCUUGUGUAAGUCGCACCUGAACAGACACAUGACUGUUCACACAGGGGAGAAACCUUUUACUUGCUCUGUGUGUCACAAAGCGUACAGCGAAAACGGGAAACUGAAGUUACACAUGAAAACCCACACGGGAGAGAAACCGUUCAGCUGCUCAGUGUGUGAAAGAAGAUUUUUAUGUAAGACGUAUCUGAUUCGGCACAUGGCGACUCACACAGGAGAGAAGCCGUUUAGCUGUUCUGUGUGCAGCAGAGCUUUCAGCGACAACGCGAAGCUGAAGUUCCACAUUAAGACCCAUACAGGGGAGGAGCCUUUCAGCUGCUCGAUGUGCGAUAAAAAAUUUCUGUGCAAGGCGUAUUUGAUACGACACAUGACCACUCACACCGGAGAGAAACCGUUCAGCUGCUCUUUCUGUGGCAAAGGUUUCAGUGAAAGAGGAAAUCUGAAGAGUCAUGUGAGGAUUCACACGGGAGAGAAACCAUUCAGCUGCUCCGUGUGCCAAAAAGCAUUUGCACAGAGUGCGAGUUUGUCCACGCACAUGAGAACCCACACAGCAGAGAGACCAUUCAGCUGCAGAGUCUGCGACCAGAGAUUCACUUCAUAUAAACUUCUCAGGACCCAUCAGUGCGUUGGGCAUCAAGCGUCAGUAGAGAUCAGAGAGGCGGAGUCUGCGGCCAGCAGCUCAACAUUACACAUAAAACAAGAAGCUGAUGGAGAGGACUGGGGAGGCCCAGAACCAGCCAGGAACACAGAGCUACAUUUAAAACCAGUUCCUGAUGUUGAGACCGGAGACUGUUCUGAAGUUGAGACUGACGACAGUGGUGAUUGGAGGGAGACCAGAGAACCUCAGUCAGGUUUAGAGUCUCUGACAAACUAAGCCCCCGUCAGUGAUUCAAGAGAAACUAUUGAUGCAGCUGGCAGAGGACUUUGAAGGACCAUAGUCAGCCAGGAACUCACAUUUAGGAUUAAGAAUUAAUGACGCAGACCGGCCUCAUGCUCAGAGUGAGAUCAGGUUUUCACUGCAGUGUCAUUCGACUCUCCUUUACUGGUGAAAAACGAAGUUCUGAUAAUUCAGUGAUAAACACGUUUAUUUUUCGGCACGAUGGUGUAGUGGGUAGUAUAGUAGCCUCACAGCAAGAGGGUUCCUAGUUCGAGCUCUUCUGUGUAGACUUUGCUGUUCUCCCUGUGUCAGCGUGGGUUUUCUCCAGGUGCUCCAGCUUCCUUCUACAGUCCAAAGACAUGCAGGUUAAUUGGUGAUUCUAAAUUGUCCGUAGGUGUGAAUGUGAGUGUGAAUGGUUGUCCCUGCUUCGUGCUCAAUGUCAUCUGAGGUAGGUACAGCCAUCCCGCAAACCCAAACAGGAUAAGUGGUUAUGGACAAUGAAUGAAUGAAUCCUUCACAAUAAACUUAAUGAGAUGGUAAAAUAAAGCCGAUAUCUAGGUGAGAAACUUUUUUUUAGUCCUCUUUAAAACUUUAAAUAUGCCUUUUGGUCUCCUGCAGACAGAUGUCAGUAGAGUCUUGCAACACACACAACUUGUUUUAGAAGGGGGGUCAUUGGGUGUUACUGCGGUCAGCGAGAUGUUACCACUACCCGCUGAGGGGGGGCAGCCAGACUUUUGGACCUACUCCAGAGAAGGUCCAAAAGAACAUCUUGGUGUGGCACAGUGUGUCUUAUCUGACAAUGGAAACAGAAAUCUGUUUUUGUGUUGCGAUACGCCUUGCAUUUCUGCACGAUAAGCGCCUGGCAUUUUUGCCCGAGUGCUCUGAACUCCUUGAGUUGAAAAAACUUAAGCUCAGAGCAGAAAAGUGCCCCAUGUCAUCUCUUUUUUCGUAAUCUUUUCCUCCAUUGUCCAGUGGGAUGAUGUGAGAGGCGGGGCUUCUGUGGUGGUCACAACAACAAGUGUACAGUUGGUAAACAAUGGAGGAGAAA